AUGAAUUCGAUUAGUAUCGGAUGGAAAAAACAAUCGCCUGGUGAUGUUCAAAUUGUAACUAAAAAGAAAAAUGAUCAAAAUCGUAUACCACGCACAAUUAUACCUAGAAAACCACAGCAAGCAUUUCAAAAUAUAGAACCUUUACAUACAGGAAUAGUUCGAUCUAAUAUACAACCUCUCGAACAUCCUUCUUAUUUGUUGAAGCCAACACAAAAUUUUACUUCAAGAUCAAUAAACGAUCCUGCUUCUCAAAUAAAAAUAUUUGAUGACAAACGACUUUGUAGUCCACGAGCAGCGGCUGCUACAUUUAUUAUUGCUGUUAUACUUAUAGCAGCUACAGGUACUUCUAUUGGUAUUGUAUUUGCUGUUAUAAAUUCUAGUAGUUCAUCUGGAACUGGAAAUAAUAAUCAGAAUUCAUAUACGACAAUAACAUCAGGAUCAGUAACUAGUAGUAUAAGAAUCGGUAGUCAAACUGGAUCAGGAUGUUCAGGCUAUACAGAAAUCAAUGAUCCAACACGAAGUAUUAAUAAUGUUGGAUCAUAUGGUUCCUGUGAUAAUGGACCCAUAUUCAAUGCAAGUAAUGGUGGUUCUUGGAUUCGAUUUGUUGGCACUGGUGGUGAUAGAAUUCCUAUGUCAUCAGCUGGUUUGAAGCAUUGUGGUGGUUACUUAUCCGGUUGGUCUAAUAAUACAUUACCAACAACGCAAGAUGUUGUCACUAAUGGAACAGUAUGCUUCGAAACUGAGGCACACGAAUGUGGCUUUACCGUUGACGUAUCAAUAAUCUAUUGUUCUGCUGGUUAUUAUGUUUACUUUUUACCACCUAUAUCUGUAUGUAAUGCACGUUAUUGUACAACUUAA